UUUAAUAUUACACAUAAACAAAAUGUAUAAAAUUUGUAGAUUUAAUUUAGUUAUAAUAUUAUUUAUAACGGUUUAUUAUGUUAUGUAUACUGUUUGUCAAACCCGAGUACCGUUUGAUCCGUAUUCCUGGUAUCGAGAAAGACAUCGACCCAUAAGUGAAAUCAAUGGGAGAACCAUACAAAUCAAAAGAGGUCCGCGCGGUAUAAGAAUCACGACCGGUCGCGACACUGGCAAAGAGGUAACGGUUCCCAAUUGUGGUAUUGUGUACGGCGUUAACCGCCGUAUUGUCGGCGGUUCCGAUGUCGAAAACGGACAAAUGCCAUGGAUGGCACUCAUCCAACAUAAGGGAGCGCCGUUUUGUGGCGGUUCCAUACUUAAUGAGAGAUGGAUACUAACUGCUGCACAUUGCUUUAAAAUCCCUAAAAAGGAAACCGAUCUCACUAUACGAGUUGGAUCUAUAAUGAGUAAUUCGGGUACUGUUUAUAAAGUGGACAAAAUUGUAGUUCACGAGCAAUACAAUCGCGACGCUAUGGAAAACUCAGAUCUAGCACUGGUCAAAACGGCCUGGGUCAUACGUAUGGAAAGAUCAGGCAAUACUGAACUUAUCAAUGGAAUAUGUUUACCUAAAUCCAAAGAUGAUCCUAUCGAUAAAAAGAUAACAGUAGCCGGUUGGGGCAAACAAUCGCUAGACGGUCAGGGAUCUAAAGAAUUAAAGUCCGUACAAUUGAACAAAGUAGACGAAAGUGAUUGUGCCAAUAAAUUUGGACAACCAAUGGUAGACUAUCCCCAUGGCUUUAGCAUCUAUUCAUCGCAAUUGUGCGCUUCGUCCGAAAACAAAGAUGCCUGUCAGGGUGACUCUGGUGGACCGGCUAUUAAUUAUAAGGAUGAUAGAGCCAUAUUAGUCGGUGUGGUAUCGUUUGGUGUCGGAUGUGCCACUGACUAUCCCGGAGUUUACACCAAAGUGUCCCACUUUUUAGACUGGAUUUCAAGUCAUGUUAUUUAAGGGAUUGAUUUUC